CGUAAAAACUGAAUAUUUGAUUCAAUCCAUCUUUGAACUAGGGGAAUCGAGCUGAUCCCACUAUUGCACCUGCACAAAGUUUCAAUCUUUAGGUCAUCCUGCCCAAAACUCAAUUCGAAGAAUUGCUGUCAGAUAAAAUAAAGAAAAAUGAGUUCCAAUGAUUCCGAAAGCGUGGUCCAAUCGGGUAAGCUCGUGGUACACAUUGCUGAGAACGGCCAUUCGUAUGAGCUCGAAUGUGACGAAUACACUCCAGUCGAGUCCGUACAGAAGUACUUGGAAUCCCUUUCCGGAAUACCCUUCAGUGAUCAACUUCUCUUGUGCCUGGACAUGAAACUCGAGCCCCAACGCCAGCUGUCAGCCUACAAGCUCCCAGCUGAAGGCCGUGAAGUAUUCCUAUUCAAUAAAUCGAGAAUGCGCAGUAAUUCAGCUCCUCCAGCCUCCGAACAAAUCGAGAUCAUCGACAUCCCGGACCCACCAUUGCCGUCCCCAUCAAAUAACUCACACCUGUUAGAUGAUUCACCGGACCCCGCCUUGAAAGCUUUGCCCUCGUACGAGAGGCAGUUUAGAUACCAUUUUCAGUGUGGGCAUGCAGUCUACAGCCGAACUCAGGCGAAAGUCGAAGCUUGCGAGAGGCUUCUGAGGGAGCAGAGGGUUCAGGAGCGAGCCCUGGAGAUUGCGAGGGGCAAUUUGGACUUUUUCUACAAGAUUGUGCUCCAGAACUACGCGGACUUCAUGAAGUGUUACGCGCAGCAGCACCGUGGGCACACGAGCCUGCUGGUGAAUUUUGGGAGGGAUAUGGAGAGGUUGAGGUCUGUGAAGCUUCAUCCUUCUUUGCAAAACGGUAACAGAAAAUGCCUGCUCGAUUUCGUGAAGGAGGAGAAUCUGAGGAAGGCCGUGGAAGACUGUGGGAGUUCGCAUAGGCAGUUUGAGAACAAGGUUUCGGAGUUCAAGCAGGAGUUUGGAGAUUUGAAGCGGAACACUGAAGAUUUGUUUUCGGGCCGAGCUUUGUUUCUUGUCAAGGACUUGGAUGUGGCGAUGAAGGAGCACCAGCGGGUUAUUAAUGAGCAGAAGAGUAUAAUGCAAGCUUUAAGCAAAGAUGUUAACACCGUAAAGAAACUCGUGGAUGACUGUCUCUCGGGCGAGCUGUCAUCUUCCUUGCGUCCUCACGACGCCGUCUCUGCAUUGGGGCCUAUGUACGACAGCCACGAGAAAAGUUACCUUCCAAAAAUGCACGCGUGUGACCGUGCAAUCUCCAAUCUGCUCGAUCACUGCAGAAAUAAAAAGAACGAGAUGAACAUCUUCGUGCACAACUACAUGCAGAAGAUCGCAUACAUACAGUACACCAUUAAAGACGUUCGGUACAAGUUUUCUGUUUUCCAGGAGGCUCUAAAGCGCCAAAACGACCAAUUCGAGCACUUGAAAGUGGUCCGAGGCAUCGGGACCGCGUACAGAGCAUGCCUUGCGGAAAUCGUGAGGAGAAAAGCCGAGAUGAAAAUCUACAUGGGAAAAGCCGGACAGCUGGCUGAGAAACUCGCAACAGAGAGGGAAGCCGAAGUUAGGAGGCGUGAAGAGUUCUUGAAAGUGCACAGCACUUUUAUUCCUCGGGACAUUUUAGCUUCCAUGGGUUUGUACGACUCCCCCAACCCUUGCGACGUCAAUGUGACCCCCUUCGACACUAAUUUGCUCGACAUAGAUCUUUCGGACAUUGACCGUUAUGCCCCUGAGUCGGUGUUGGGGGCCUCCUCGAGGAGUGGUUCCCGUUCUGAAGCUAGUGACGCGGGUUUUAAUGACAAGUGUGAUUCUGGUUUGUUGUCACUUGAGGAGUCGGAUUUGGUGGAGAUUGCUGGGACAAGCAAGAUGGAGGUGGAGAACGCGAAACUGAAAGCUGAGCUGGCGUCUAAAAUCGCCUUGUUGUGCUCUAUGGACGCUGAGCUGGACUACGAAUCUCUCGAAGAGAGUAAGUUGGAGAAUGUGCUGAAAAAUGCGGCCGCUAAGACAUCUGAGGCCUUGCAUUUGAAAGACGAGUACGAAAAGCACCUCCAGUCGAUGCUGAAGGCGAAGCAGAUGCAAAUCGAGUCUUACGAAAAGCGGAUUCACGAGUUAGAGCAAAGGUUGUCUGAUCAGUACGGGCUGAAGCUUAAAAACGACGAGGAUGCAUCAGCUUCUGCGGGUUUGUCUGAAAAAACUGACGAUAAUAAGUCGGAAGUAUCGGGAGUUGGAGAAUUGCACGCUCCGCAUGCAAUGGAAGAGGUCUUUGGCGGAUCGAGUUCAUUGAAAGGAGUAGAUGAUAAUAUGGCAGAUUCGUCGAGUAUGCUGAAUACUCAGUUGGAUUCAUCAAUGAUAGAUUUGCAGCGGGAUAAAGGACAAACGUCUGAUAAGGAUAAGAAGGAGAGGUUAUUGGAUGAUGAAGGCAUGGGCAUGGCACUGUCUGCAAGCAAUAUGGCCGUUAGCAUGUCACAGCCAGCCGAUGCUCUAUCAUUUGAAACGGCACUUGAAUCGAGUUUGGAUGCUAAAAUAAAUGAUGGUGUUGUGAUGGAAUUGAGAAAAUCCUUAGAUGAGAAAUCUAGUCAAUUAGGCGAUGCAGAAUUGAAGAUCCAAGGAUUAAUGGAUGAGGUUUCGAAGCUUGGUAGGGAGCUGGAGAUGAGUCAGAAGCUCCUCGAUGAAUCUCAGGUAUUAUUAUUUAUGGAUUAUGAACGUUCACUCUUUGCUUCAUAUUGUGGUAUGUUGGGGAAUGCCAUGAGGGCUUUGAUGAAUUGUGCUCAUUUGGAGAACUGUCUGCACGAAGCAAGAAAGGAAGCCCAAACCAAUCUUUGUGCAGCUGAUCGAAGGGCUUCUGAGUAUAGUGCAUUGCGAAUCUCUGCUGUCAAAAUGCGUGGUCUUUUCGAAAGGUUGAGAAAUUGUGUUUUAUCAUCUGGGGUUGCAAAUUUUCCCAACUCUUUACGUGGUUUAGCUCAGUCUAUCGCCAGUGCCGCCAAUGAAAGUGAAGAUGACGGUACAGCCGAGUUUCGUGAGUGUCUUCGUGUACUUGCUGAAAAAGUUGGUGCACUAUCGAGACAGCGUGCUGAGUUGCUCGACCGGCAGUCCAAAGCUGAAGCUGCAAACGAACAGCUUAGUAAGGAAUUAGCAGAAAAGAGUGAUCUGGUCAACACUCUUUACAUGAAGCAUCAACAGGAAAAGCAGGCAAACAAGGAGAAGAUAUCUUUCGGUCGGCUAGAAGUCCACGAAAUAGCGGCUUUCAUCCUAAACUCCACCGGCUAUUACGAGGCCAUCAACCGUAACUGCCCUUACUAUUUUCUUUCGUCCGAGUCCGUAGCCCUAUUCACCGACCAUCUCCCGAGCCGCCCCACAUACAUAGUCGGCCAAGUAGUGCAUAUCGAGCGGAGGACAGUAAAAUCACUGCCUUCAUCGCCUUCCGAACGUGCUGGCGCCAACAAGGACAGGGUUGACUUUCUGAUGUCUGAUGUGGGGACCACCAACCAGUUGACUUUGACUUCAGGGUCAACACCACCACCCUCGGCAAACUCGUACGGGCUUCCAGUAGGGUGUGAAUAUUUCGUAGUUACCAUAGCUAUGUUACCUGACACCACGAUUCAUUCGUCUCCUUCCUGAUCUUGGUUGCGAAAAAAAAAAUGGCCGAAAAAGACGUGAUGGAAGAAAAAAAAAAAAGAAAAAAA